AUGAGAGCCACAACCCUCUCCACCUACCGUCACAACAGAGCCACAACCCUCACCUACCCGUCUGUAGAACCACAACCCUCACCUACCCGUCACAACAAGAGCCACAACCCUCACCUACCGUCACCCAACAAAGCCACAACCCUCGCACGUCUGGCAAGCCACAACCCUCACCUACCGUCACAACAGAGCCACAACCCUCACCUACCGUCACAACAGAGCCUGGCCCUCUCACCUACCGUCACAACAGAGCCACAACCCUCACCUACCGUCACCAACAGAGCACAACCCUCACCUACCGUCACAGCAAAACCCCAACCCUCACCCUACCCAAAUCACAACAGAGCCCCUAGCCCUCACCCUGCCGUCACAACAGAGCCACAACCCUCACCUACCGUCUGUAAGACCACAACCCUCCACCUGCAAGUCACAGGCCACAACCCUCACCUGCAAGUCACAACAGAGCUGGCCUCACCUACCGUCUGUGGAGCCACAACCCUCACCUACCGUCUAGCAAAUUUUAGCCCUCUUUCUGCCGUCACAACAGAGCCACAACCCUCACCUACCGUCACAACAGAGCCACAACCCUCACCUACCGUCACAACAGAGCCACAACCCUCACCUACCGUCACAACAGAGCCACAACCCUCACCUACCGUCACAACAGAGCCACAACCCUCACCUACCGUCACAACAGAGCCACAACCCUCUCUAUACAACAACUUGUUCCUCACACAUUUCUUGAUAAAAAAGUUUGUUGUGGUAAUCAGUAACUCCUUAAAACUCUUUGGCAUAAUCUACUCGCGGAGAUCUCGACUAUAUGAGCUCAGCCUCCUCUCAACCAAUCACGAAUGA